CCGCGGGCAGUGAAUUUGCUGUCGUGUGAAAACCCUCUCUGUGCGAAACGGCAUACCCACGGCCACUCACUCUCUGCGCAGGUAGCAUACAGCACGUUUAAUAGUAGAGUAAAAUACAAGGGUGAUAGAAUUGUUUUAUCAUUUCACACAUAGCCUAAUUCAUUUUUUAUCUGCUAAUUAUUGUGGUGUAUAUGAGGUGUACGUUUUCUCUGAAGCUACAACAGAAAUCAUCUCUCAUCGCACGGAUUCAGAGUUACGCGCAACAAUGAUGCAAGGCUUGUGCUCUUCGAAAUGUAUCCUGUAGCAAUGGAGAUAAGAAAGCCGAAUAGAACCUCGUGGGCUAUAAUUUGAUGGACAAUUUAACACAAGUUGGUCCUCGAAAUCCCGGUUCUCUCAACUGACAUCGGGUUAUACCCUCUGUGUUUUUUCCUGUAUUGAUUUGGGAAACAGCACAAGACAAGUCACUACGCAUCUCAUCCAUCACACCACUGAAGCCUUCAGAAGAACCGACUAUUACGCGUCUUUAUCUGGAGAGAAUGAAAUUCAGUUUAAUGGAGACUAUAUCAAAGGAACCGUUUAGUAGGGCUGAUGUUUUAUGCAUUUUGGACACCGUUGCUUAUCAAGCUUAACGCUUUGACAUUGGCUACGAGCUUGGCUGGUAGGGGCCACUUUUGGAUGCUUUAGAAAAUCUAUCAAUAUUGUUUCAGUAGACUUGACUCCGUUUUCUUCGUGACAAUGCCAAUCCAAGCAAUGCCCCGAGGUCGCUCGCUAAGCCCAGCGUCCCUAUCCCGUAGCCUCUCCAGACUCAGGGAGUUUCGAACUCGGACUCGGAUCAUGCUUUCUCUUGGAGUUUCUCAGAUGGUUUUGGGGAGUCUGAUUUUGGCCGUCAGUUUCGCCGCUCUGGCCCUUACUACCUCACCAAGGGUCAGACAUUCAUGUCCAUUUUGGGCAGGUUUCUCUGUGUUGCUGUCUGGGCUGAUAGGAGUGGUGUCAUGGAAAAGGCCUCUCUCUUUGGUGAUCACCUUCUUCAUGCUGCUGUCGGCUGUCUGCGUCAUGCUCAACCUGGCUGGCUCCAUCCUGUCCUGCCAGAAUGCCCAGUUGGUCAAUUCUCUGGAGGACUGCCAGCUGAUUAAGUUCGACAGUGACGGUGUUUGUGUGUGCUGUGAGCUGCAGCACCAAAGCUCCAGCUGCAACAAUCUGGGAGAGACGCUGAAGCUGAACCCACUGAGCGACUGCUACACCAUACGCCUACGCCUCAAGGAGCUCUUGUUUAGUGUGUGUGCCCUGAAUGUCAUUUCUACCAUCGUCUGUGCCCUGGCCACUGCCAUGUGCUGUAUGCAGAUGGUCUCCACCGAUGUGCUACAGAUGUUCAUGCCACACAGAGCACGAGCCCUGAGCGCUGACUGCAUGACCCCCCGUGGCACCAUCCUGCACCAGACCCUUGACUUUGAUGAGUUCAUCCCACCCAUCCCUCCACCACCCUACUACCCCCCAGAGUACACCUGUACCCCAGUGAUGGACGGACAGAGAAGUCUUCAUCUGGACUUUCCACACUCCCCGUUCAGUGCCAUCUAUGGAGUGCCCAUCAACAGCCCUGGGACCCUUUACCCCUCUGAGUUGCCCCCUCCAUAUGAGUCGGUGGUGGGGCUGGGAAUGGGGCAGACCCCGGCCAAUCAGUUCACUACCAGCAUUGAUCAUCAGGCCACUGAAUCCAGCCUCUGUGAGAGAAACACCACAGCUGGGCUCAGUACUCAGGCUUCCAUGGAAAGUGCCUCUCCAUUGGUAUCAGAGGAGGUGGCAGACAUUCCAGGCUGCAGUUGCUCCUCGGAGGACCUCUGUUCCCUGGAGGUACAGGGCUCUGACUCCUCUUCCUACUGCCCACUGCGCAACGCCCCCACUGGUGGCAGCUGUGCCAGUCUAGAGCUCAGUGCCCGCUAUACCCACCGCCAACGCGGCCUGGCCCAGCACGACAAUAUUGACUUCAGCGAGUCCUCCCACACCCAGGACAUGCCUCGCAAUCCAGGCUGUUCCAUGGAGAACAUCAACACACUGCAGCAUGAGAAGCCCAAGGGAGGAGCUACACCAAAUAAACCAUUGCGCGAACGAGCCAGUAGGAAGCAGCUGAUUCUUCCGGUCCCUCCUAUUCCUCCCUUCCUGCCAUCUGCCUCCUCCUCUUCAGCCACAGUCUCCAUAGAGGAAGCCUCAGCAAACCAGAGCCCCCCUGCCUGCCCCUCCUUGUCUCCCCCUGCCUGCCCCUCCUUGUCUCCCCCUGCCUGCCCCUCCUUGUCUCCCCCUACCCGGCAUCGUGGCUCCAGGCUCUGUUUCAGCGUGUGGUCCCCGUCCUCCGCUUCCUCAUCCCCAGCCUCUCAGCCCCCCGGUACCUCAGCGCCCGCAGACAGGCCCCGCAUGCUCCGGUCUGGCAGGAGGUACCGCAAGCUGGCCCGCAUCGUACGCUCGUCCAGCGACCCCAUCUCCUGCAGCUCCAUAUCCGGAAGUGAAAGCUGUGGUUGUGCCACUACAAGCACCCCUCCUCCUGAAGAUUCCCCUCAGACUUCACCAGAGCAAGUGUGUACAGAGUCUCUCGUCCACACUGCUGCAAAACUUGGCACCCGUAGUGGCAGGAAGCAGAAAGAGGUGAGGAGAGUGGACAUCCGCCUAAAACCCAGAGCCCUGCGCGGGGUCUCUGGCGAGCGCCCCCGCUCACUGGCUGACCUCAAGACAUACAAAGACACCAAAAUCCUUGUGGCCAAAUUCCUGGAGCACUCCAGCUGCAGUUUACCUCUGGAGGUCCAGCAGGUGGUCAACAGCAUCAAGUAUGUCAUCAAGUCUGACGAGAGACAUAUGGAGGAAGCGAUAUUCAGCGCCAAUGUCAUUGAUCAGGUGAUGACACAGUCACAACGUAUCAUUAGCAGCCCAAGGAAGCGUGCCCAUGAAGAGUUGCACCUCCAGAGCUGUGGGGCCUUGAGUUCCCCUUCCUUGUCCCUGCGCCGUCCACCUACAGUGCCAGGACCUCCCAACCCACCUGCUCCUCUGGACUCACCCUCUGAAUGCGCACAAAGUCUUGUGUGUAGAGAGACCAUCCUCUGACUGCCCUCUCUCCCCCCGCACCAAGGACUCAAUUCAUAUCUCUAUCUCACAGGGUACUGUGAGACUUUGCCAAGACAUCAGCAGAAACGGUAGCAACAUUCACAAACUCAGCAAGUCAUGGCUGGAGUGGAUCGGCUUCUCUGUUCUCUCUCAUAUCAAAAACACCAGAAUGUCAUGUUCUCCCUCAGGGGAUUUUUUUUACAGUCUUAUCUCUGUAAACCACACUGGUGGUGUAAAGUGAGGAACUGGUAAGCCAACUAGAUGGAGAUGUCAUGAUUAAAAACUAGUGCUCCCCUUUUUUAAAAGGACAAAAACAACUUUAUAUUAAACUGUGAACUGGACAGACGUGGGAUGGUACUAGCUCCUGCAGACUUUGAGGAUUCUAACGCUUGCUGAAUACUGUGUGCCACUGCAGGACAGAACUUACAAAAGUGGAUUAUUUAACUUACCUCAGUGUGUUACAAUUCUUAUCAGUGUUACAAUAAAAUAUGAGUUUCUA